GGAAGCGGGAACACAAAAGUGCAGUGACGGGCGGCAGCUGUGAGUAAACAAAAACCUCGGUUCCUUUCCUUCACUCAUGACCCGUGUCUCCUCAGACCAACGCGAGCCGUGGGAAGAAGUCAGGGCGGAGGUAGGAUGACACCCAGCUGUGUGUGUGGACCGGUCACAUUGUGUGUGAGUGUGAGUGUGUGUGUGUGUACGGUCAGGGUUGGAGAGCCACUUCGGUGUGAGUCACAACAGACGGACUCGUGUUAAAACAGCCAUCUGCUGCCGCCACUGAUCCCUGCUGACACCGAGGACUCAGCAGCAGCUCAGUCAUGCCCCACAAGAGCAAGAAGGACAAGAAGAGUUCCAAUAAAAAGGUGCCUCCUUCGACUCAGCUGAUGAGGGUGAAGCAGCCGGGGUCAAACUCAGCCGUGAAGAAGGAGGUUCAGCACCUCCUCCUUCCCCCUCAGUACUAACAGAGAGCUACAGAAACUGCCUGCAGUGGCAGCCAGAGAUUUGAGGCCCCAUUUGACCUUCUCUCCCACCUCCUUUUGAUGAAGAGCCAAGCAGAGAUGACAGGAGGAAGCAACCAAAGGCUUUGAAGAUUCGGCCAGGGCUUCUCUGCCUCGCUCACACACACACACACAUUGUCGAUUGUGCCGUUUUUCCAAAUGCUUAUCCUAAAUCAGAUUACUCCGAAACGCCUGCUUAUGGUUAAAGUGUGAGAAAGGCUGAAGUUGAUCUGAUCUGAGAUCUGUGGCAGGCUCUGCCUUGCAGUUCAUAGAUGAGUAGGAGGAGCCAGACCCCAAAAUUCCAAUCUACGCCCCGCCCCGCCUGCGCCCUGUGUACCAAUCACGUUUGGCUGUCUGAAGCGGCGCCCCUCCAGAGCGGUCUGAGCUCAGCCAACGAGCGAGCGAUUCCACCGCUUACGUCACUAAGUAGCCCAGUUCCCUCCAGCGGCAGGAGCUUCAUUUUCUGAUCUGCUUUUGUGCUAAAAUGGAGGCUGGCCUCUCGCCCUGAGUGGAGCGCCUUCCUGGUCGAGGUUUAGAUGUUGACAUGCAAUAAAUCCGGAGACAGGAUGGUUGUAGAUGCGCCGAACUCCAACGGCCCUUUUCAGCCGCUGGCUCUUAUGCACUUCAGAGAUGUGGCCCCGGCUGAGCAGGAAAAGCUGUUCAUCCAAAAGCUACGGCAGUGCUGCGUUCUUUUUGACUUCCUCUCCGACCCACUGAGCGACCUAAAAUGGAAGGAGGUGAAGCGGGCGGCGCUGAGCGAGAUGGUGGAGUACAUCACCCACAACAGGAAUGUCAUCACAGAGCCCAUCUACCCAGAGGUGGUGCACAUGUUUGCGGUGAACAUGUUCAGAACGUUGCCCCCGUCGUCAAACCCCACUGGAGCAGAGUUUGAUCCAGAGGAAGACGAGCCCACACUUGAAGCAGCGUGGCCACAUCUUCAGCUUGUCUAUGAAUUUUUCCUUAGGUUUUUAGAAUCGCCUGACUUUCAGCCGAACAUAGCAAAGAAAUACAUCGACCAGAAGUUUGUUAUGCAGCUCCUAGAACUAUUCGACAGUGAGGACCCCAGGGAGAGAGACUUCCUCAAAACGACUCUCCACAGGAUCUAUGGAAAGUUCCUGGGGCUGAGAGCUUACAUCAGGAAACAGAUCAAUAACAUUUUCUAUAGGUUUAUUUACGAGACGGAGCAUCACAAUGGUAUAGCUGAACUACUGGAAAUACUUGGAAGCAUAAUCAAUGGAUUUGCCUUACCACUGAAAGAAGAGCACAAAAUUUUCCUCUUGAAGGUUCUAUUGCCUCUGCACAAAGUCAAAUCACUCAGUGUCUACCAUCCACAGCUGGCCUACUGUGUGGUGCAGUUUUUGGAAAAGGACAGCACUCUAACAGAGCCGGUGGUAAUGGCUCUACUGAAGUACUGGCCAAAGACUCACAGUCCUAAGGAGGUGAUGUUCUUGAACGAGCUGGAGGAGAUCCUGGAUGUCAUCGAGCCCUCAGAGUUUGUUAAAGUGCAGGAGCCUCUGUUUAGACAGCUGGCCAAGUGUGUGUCCAGCCCACACUUCCAGGUGGCAGAGAGGGCUCUGUACUACUGGAACAACGAGUACAUCAUGAGUCUGAUCAGUGAUAACGCAGCCAAGAUUCUGCCCAUCAUGUUCCCAGCUCUUUACCGCAACUCAAAGACCCACUGGAACAAGACCAUCCACGGUCUCAUCUACAACGCUCUGAAGCUUUUCAUGGAGAUGAAUCAGAAGCUCUUCGAUGAUUGCACACAGCAGUUCAGGGCUGAGAAAAACAAAGAGAAGGCCAAGUUGAAAGAACGUGAAGAGGCUUGGAUUAAGAUUGAGAACCUUGCCAAGUCGAACCCUCAGUUCUCUAUGUGUGUUGAUUCCUCUGACCUCAAUAGUCCUGUAGCAAUGGAGACGGAUGUCCCUUUGAUAGAAGAUGUUCAGAUGUUAAAAAAGACAGUUGAGGAGGGCGCAACUCAGUUGCAGCAUGAACAGCGGAAAGAGCGACCCAUGGUGCGACGCAAAUCUGAGUUGCCUCAGGAUAUCUACACCACAAAAGCCUUGGAGUCCCACCGCAGAGCUGAAGACAUGUUGACCGCCCACGACGGACUCUAGGUCCUGACAACCUGCUGGCUGUGCCGACCCCUGGACAGCCAUGGACAUUCUUUUGGCCCUGGUUGCCAGAAUUUAACCUGGUCACCCUUGCUGGGCUUUCAUUCCUUUCUCCAUCACCAGUUUACCCAGAAUCCUGAGUUCUAAUUCAUUCCUAGAUUAAGAAUCCAGAGAGUGCAGGCGUUCUGUGCAAAAAGUUUUGGAUUCAUCUCCCUCAGAUUUCUGCUUUCUCAGGUUUUGUUUUUUUGUUGUUUUUUUUUUUUUUUGUCCUUCAGGAGAGGAGCAGUUGUGCUGUGUUUGUGUGUCAUUUAGCUUCAUCCAGUUGUGUCUCUAUGGUUUUCUUUUCAUCUGGAUCUGGUCAGUCCUUGUCACAACGUUGUGUUCACAAAGGAUUUGACAUGGUUACAUAACUGACUCGCUGUCUAAGGAAUGUCUCACGGUCUCUGCCUGGGUUUUUACGUCAAAGGGAACAAACAAAGAUUGGUUGAAAGUAAUUUGAGGUUUUCCUCUCGCGUUCUUUCUCUUUUUUUUUCCUUGAUCAAACAGACAUUUUAUCAGUGCCAAGACCGCUGUGUUCUUAGUUUUGUUUCAUGUCUGUAGCUGUGACCAUAACAGGGACACAAGCCUUUGUUUGUAGUCAUGGAGAGUUUAUAAGCUAUUUUCCCGCCCUUAGGUUAAGCUUACUUGAGACCAAACUGAGGCCUGUCCUUAGCCUUGCGAUGUCCAGGAAAGAUGGUGAUGAAAGAGGAAGUUGUCCUGUGGACAUCUGACACUUUCCAUUUUUGUUUAUUGUUAUGUGCCAUACGCCGCUCUUUUCUCUUUUUGUUUGACGUUUGAAAAACCAGGCCAUAGUGAUUCCUAGAUGGUUCAAACAAUGGUACUCACUGUGUUUGGGCUUCACAGGCGAGGGUAUUCCUGAGUGAAAUCUGAUUUUAAUAUUGUGGUUAAUCCUUUUUGUUUUUCAUUUUUUAUUUUUUUAGGUUGCAUUAGCAAUAUACUGGGUGAUUUAUGUAUAUGUGUACUGUUUAUUCACUGGUUCGUAGCUGCUGCUAUCAAAAAGACCUAUGCUCUUUUUUUUUGUUUUCAGAGUUUGGGGUUUUAAUAGCAUUUUAAUAUAAUUUUAAAAACUUCCUUAAUAAUAAAAACAAAUUUAUUUAUUAUAAAAAAAAUAUUAGUAUUCAGUCCCCAACGUCCAGGAAAGUGUUAUUUUUUCCUCUUUUGUGCCCAUGACACAAGGAUCCAUGCACACACAGGUCAUGAUGUAUGAUCUAUUUCAUGACGCAACUAAACAAUUAUUUCAGUAAAAUCAUUGCGUAAUAUGGCAAUGUCUUUUUUUUAUCAAACAAGAAAAAAAAAAAAUACAGAAAAAUAUGGUCAGAAUCCUGACUUGGGAGGUGUUAGUUUUUUCAGUACCACUGUUGGCCAACAGGGGCAAGCUGCAAAAUUCACCCAACUGUCCAUAGAAAUGAAUAAUGUUCUCGUUCUGAAAUGACAUUUUAGUGAUUUCCUUCUUCUUCUUGUAGCAGUUUUUGUUGUCUUCUCUGUGGGGAAGUCCUCAGCUUAGCUACGGUAACUAUUACGUUUGUUUUUUUCUGUGCACUAGGAUUGCAGAAAUCGCACAUUUUCCUCAGCUGUAGGUUGACCGAGCUAACUAACGAUAGUCGUUCAACUGUAAACAUUAAGCAAAGUACGCACACAUGCACUUGCACCUACCUCUUGAAUUUUGAAUGCUAUACACUAGCAGCACAAAUACAUAUGUUACCUUUACAAAUUACAAGCAACAAUCAUAGUCUUAAAAUGUAUAAGGUGGGAAAAUGCUGGAGUUUUUUUUUUUCUAUUUUUUUUAGCCGUAAUGACAAAAUUUGUUCAGCAAGUGUUUGGCUUCAACCUCAAAGGCCUUGGAGUCGUUGUAAAUAGGAUUGUUGUUGUAAAAGUUUUGUUACAAUAUAAAGAUUUUGGUUUUUAGGGGCGUUGGGUUAUUGCAUUAUUCAAUAAUCGUAAAAAAAAUCAUUAACAGUGGGUCUGUGGGAAAACAGACUCACAGGAAUUGAAUUUCUUUUUUGUUUUAUAAUUCUAAGUUAGUCAAUGUUGUUUACAUCCAGAGGAAAGAGUUUUUCACAAAUUUCUGAGCAGCAUGCAUUAAAAAAAGCUAGUUGCAGAAGUCAGAAAUUCUACAAUGCUAACUGUUACUUUUCCCACCUUCAUUUCCGAGGUUCACCAGAGCAUCCCAUAUCUUAUUCAGGGUUUAGGUGGAUUUGGAACACCUGGUGGCGUGGACUUCAUACACACUGAUCUACAUAGGAACUCUCUAGUCUUAUUUAGACUUUUACAGUCCAGAGAAAUUACUUUCAGAAGCAAGGAAGCAGACUUUGGUUAGCUGAAACAUUCCCUGUCAAGGUGGUUCCCGCGUUGACACCUACACGUCAGUUUAAAACUGCAAUUCCUACGCAACUUCUCUUUUAACAAAAAAAAUUACAAAGCAGUAUAAUUUCCCCCACUGCUCCGAGAAUAUUAUUAUUAUUAUUAUUUAAAACCGUAUGCUUUGCUGCGUCUUCAUUAUAACAACUGCACACCCCCUGAAGGACAUGUCCCUCCCCACACUUUGGGAAGCUAGUCCUACAGGUUAUCUUUUUAAUACAGACAGUUUCACUCAACAAUCAAAAUUAGACCCUUGGGUGCACAAAAGUUAACAACUAAAAAAUAACACUUUGAGGAUUUCAGGGCUGUGUAGCAUUGAUGACCUCAGUAGCUUUACUGACAUCAAAGAAUAAAUACAGCUCUUUAUAAGAUUGACCAAAAAUAACAAGCUAGUUUAAAGGUAUUGCAUGUUUAUGUUGCUGCCACUCCCGUGUUCCGUUGUCUGCUGCGUUGAUUACGCAUUUUAGAUACGGGGGGUGUAUAGCGUUGGAUGGUAUCUUCCAGUCAGUACCAUUGUUUAAACUGAGGUCUUCUUGAUUUCUUCAUGUCUAACGUCUUGUGUUUCUUCGUCUUGUUUUUCGAGGUUUGUGGUGUGAAUGUCCAGAUUUGGAAUUGAUUUGAUUUUUUUUUUUUUUUUUUUGUCCAUUCAAAACACCCAACAUUGAAACAUCCGGAUAAGAAAUGGCCACAGAAAUGCCAGACGUUGAAAAUAAAAAAACUGACAUUGUGUCUUGGCUUGUUAACUGUAUCAAUACUGUAUUUGCUUGAAUGCAAAAAAAAAAAAUGUAAAUUAAAAAAAAAAAAAACUAUCAUGUUAAACAUGUACUUUUUACCUUGGAGGAAUGCCAUUCACCAGACAAAUUUCUGUUGAGGUUGUUGCGUUUAUGACCGGUUCUGCUUGCUGGAAAAAAUGUUUUAUGGAUUUUCAAAAAGAUGAUAGAGAUUUUUUUUUUUUUUUUUCAGUGCUGGAACAAGUCGUCCACAAUAACAAAAUAAUUUCAAACUGAUUUGGUGGCUUGUUCUCUUCCUGCGGGAUCUUUGCAGAUCUUUUAACAUGUUACUUUCCAAAAUAUGAUAACUUAAAAGUGUCCUUUUGUAUGUGACCUGUACUAUAUGAUUCAUUUAAUAUUGUAUAUAUGAUUUACCUUGUUUCAUGUAGUGUUAUAUAUAUCUAGAUUAAUUUUGUACAAAUUGUCCCUCUGUACAGAAUAAAAACAUCAAUAGCAAGUUAAAGAAGUUGAUCUGGCACAUACUGUGUGAUUUCUCCGGUCUGUACCUUUUAAAGUGGAAAAAAAAAUUAUUUUAUUUUAUUUUUUAUUUUUAAUGACAUAUUCUGCAAAGUUUCCAUCAUCCUAAAAAACAAAACAAACCAGAACCUGUUGAAGCCUGUGGUGUUCUCCUAUCACUGUCUUAAGUGGUGUACAACUAUGUAGAAUGAAUAAAGAGAUUAUUUCAAUAUA